GAAUUAAUUAGUCCUACAGUCAUAGUACGGAGAUCUACAUGGCGUGGCUUAUAUUGUCGGAAUCUAAAAAGACCGUUUGACAUUGCGCCCGGGAAUGGGCUGAGAACGUUAUCGAAUUGAAAACACUGUAGACUGAUUAUGCAUUAUUUUUCUAUAUAUAUUAGGUUAUUUGAUUUUUAUCAUUUUAUUUAGACGAAACUAUAUUAUAUUUUGCAUGAAAUUUUUGUAACUCUCAAUAUUAUGCAUUUUUGUGUGUUUCAAUUCUAGGAAAAACUGAAGAUUCGAGAAGUCUGACUGUGAUAUCAGCUGGCCUGUCUCUUCUGCAGUCUCUCAAUGGCGGAUCCGAAUUGCCGGUUACCCCCAAAAUGGACGUACUUUUAUCUCACCCAACAAUGACCACAAAGGGUGGUGUACAUUCACCGCCAGCUCGGCGUCGUCAGCUCACCAGGAAGCCGACAUUUGAAAUUCCACUGAAAGACUCCUCAGUCGGAAUUGGACAGCGUGCCGAGUUUUCUGCUUCGGUAAAAGGAAAUCCACUACCGUUGGUUACAUGGUUUGCUGAUGAUGUGCCCAUCAGAAGCGGGUCUGUUUAUCGCUACAUCAAGGAUGGCGAUAAACAUAUACUAAUGAUACCAAAUGUGAAGUUAAACAGCGGGUGUGUAAUUACAUGCAAAGCAGUCAAUCAACAUGGUGAAACGACAAGUACCGCAAAGCUUACUGUUAUCGAAAUAACCGACGUAACCGUAAAAACGAAUGAACUAACAAUUGAAACUAAAAGUGAAGUAGAAUUUGACGAAAGAAUGGAAAUUGAAGAUGUUGUCGAUUCCCAAUUGAGCAAAUCAGAAUUAGAAAUCACAAAUGCGUCGGAAACAACUUACACUCAGUUUCAGUCAACAAUUGAGUUGAAUCGAAGUGAAAUUUCAGCUACGCUUGUUGAAGACACCACUGUAACUAUAUUAGAAGGAUCUAUGCUAUCAGAAACGACAUUUCCUAGCAUUGAAGGCAAAAUACCGACCCAAUAUUUUGGCUCACUCGAAACGUCCAUCGAAAACAGAUUUACCCGCGAUUCUUUACUUGUUUCACCGACCAGAAGAAGCCCAAGAUUAGUUCGAUUCAGUGAAGAAAGCUUGUUACAAGAAUAUCCAACCAUAUACAGCGAUUCUAGCGAACUGUGUAGUGAAACAUCAUCAAUUGCAAGUUUGAGAAAUAUAUCGGUUCUAAAAGAUUCGGAAUGGAUGGACGAGGUUCGAAAACUAAUACGCGAAGAAAUCGACAAACGUGAAAAGUUCAAGGAGCAAAGAGUUGUGGAAAAAGUAUCCGACGAAACACAAACGAGCAUAGAAGUUGAAUUUGAAUCAAACUCGCCAGCAUUUAUAAAUCCGAUCCGUGAUUGCUUUAUAACAGCAGGCGAAACGGCACAUUUUGUAUAUAUUUUGAAUGCAACUCCACCAGCCAAAGUUACUUGGCAAAGAAAUGGCGUAAAUAUCACUCAAAGUGGCGACAACGUUGGAAUUAUCGAAGACAAUGAUGCCGGUUGUUUACUUAUCAGCGGCGCAAACCUCACACAUAGUGGAGUGUUCACUUGCAUCGCAGAAAAUGAAUAUGGGAGCACUAAAUGUUCGGCAAAAUUGAUGGUAUCACCAAAUGCACGAAAAUUCACAAAAAGUACGUCUACCUUUGAGGAAAGUGGGAUUUUCAAUCAAACUGACCGGCAAUUUCGAAGCCAAGAAUCGCAAACAUUUUUAGCAACUGCUAACCAAUCCUCAGAAUGUGCGACUGAGCCGACGCGGGAAAUAAACGACAACGAGACAGGAGAAGGUGGGAAAUUUCUCGGUCGUUGCAUAAGCCGACACGUCACCCAACACGUGCUAAAAUUGCUUUCGGACUGGCGCGAAAUUGGCACCGUUUUUGCUUGGCACUCGCCUGUUAGCACAUCUGUUUGUAAACAAACUGUUUAAUAUGUACUGUAGCUAGCACAGUUAAGGAUCGUUAAGCCGUAGUGCAGUUAUAGGAGUAAGGAGUAUUAUAUAUUUUAAAUAUUGUCUUAUGUAUUGACUAUGCGCCGUCAUCGCCAAACCCAAAUCGUGUCUUCGGCGUGAAUGACUGUUUUGUUGGUAACUUUCGCCAAAAUAAAAUUUAUAUCGCAUUCAGCGUUAUAUGGCUCAAAUUUGGAUUAUUUUAUCAAUUGUAACUUCUCUUGCAAACAAAAUUCGGAAUCGCGAAAAACUUUCGUCCAGAUAAGCAAACCUAACGCAAGUUCGAAUAUUUGGUCAUUCAGUGUUUGACACAUCACUGUAUUUUGAGUAGCAAAAUUAGUUACCUUGAUAUACCUGGCCACCCUAGGUUUAGGUCCUUAAUAGCCACUGUGUCACAUAAUAUGCAAUAUCAUUAAACGCAGCACUUGUUUUUUUACGAAAUAUAAAAACUAGUACUAAGUCUUAAUUUAUCACGUUAUGCAUGCUUAUAUAAAGUAUAGAAUAUAUAUAUGGUUUUUUUAGUUAUACAAUCUAAUUUCUAUUCAGCAAUUUUCGAAACAAGACUGGCCAUUUUGAAGUCGGUCAAGCUUAAAUUUCCGGCUCGCAAAGAUUUUGAAUGGUACUAAAGUUUAAGUAACUAAAAGAUUUUUGAUUAAUUGAAAUAAGUCUCGCCUACGAGAUUCGGAUACGAGCUUAAAUAGAUUGAGUUGCUGAUUCGCGAUUGGUGUGAAUCAAUUUUCGAAGUUAUUUCUCGCAUCUACUUUUUCUUUUAUUUCACUUUUCGGCGCUCCAGAAGUAUGUGUACCAAUAUGGAGGUGACUAAUUUUGUUCGCCCACUUUACAUCAAGUUGUGUAAAGAGACUGAAACCUAUAGGCAAGGGGUAUAUUCACUUGGCUAACGCAGACAGUCCCGAACUCGUAAUAGAACUAAAAUCAGGAAAAAUCGGAAUAAAAUUAUGUCCUAACCUGGUACACAUACUACGGGAGUGCACUUUUCAUCUGUCUAUGCUUCGUUUUACACUAAUUUUUCUUUUCACGUUUUCUGCUUCUACUAACGCUUAUACAUGCUUGUUAUUCAUUUUCGUAUUCACAUUGAUAAUAUUACACUCAACUGCAUUUUCUUUCCCAUGGCUCAUUUCUCACUAUCUCGCCAUUACUAUAUGCACAAGACUAAGUGUGCCUUGCCUGCCCAUCCAUCAUUUGCCAUUUCCCACUGAAUGCCCAUCCCUACCCAUUGCUUUGUGUCUAGGCAUGAACACGCUCCACUGUAAAUGUUUACGCUGCUUGCAAAUCUAAUCAAUUUUUUUUGUUUUCUACCUCUGCAUAUUUUUACAAUAAAAAAUUAAACAAAUUA